GCUACUUUGUCGCUACCGUCGAACCAAAACUUUUGUAAUCCGCCUUCGAUUUCCGUCGGCGAUAAUGAUUUAGUCUCUGUAUAAUUUCUAUAAGCCACUCAAACGUGUAUAGAAUGAAACCUGCCAACGGCUCGCGUAUCAAUAUCCUUGAGCUUGGGGAGACGUUACCAUCUCCGUCUCCCAAAUCUGCGAAACGUCGCAGCGCGGAGGACAAGCCGACCGAGGAACCGCAGAAGCGACGGCGCCGGGCAUUCUCUUGCCUGUCAUGCCAGAAGCUGAAGUGCAGAUGCGAAUAUGACCCCGGUGCGCAGGGUUGCCAUCGGUGCCAGACAUUGAGAAUUGAAUGUUCUCUCCGUGGAGAAAACGUCGCAUCUCCAUCCAGCUCAAAGCCCGAGCCAGCUACUUCAAACAUCGAAGAAAGGCUUCGACGGUAUGAAGGUGAAUUACAAGAGAUUAAGUCGAUGCUCAAAGACCUGACUUCCAGUGCUCAAUCUCAAAAUGGUCGAACACUUGCUAGUAAGAGUUCUUCUAACGUUGGUGACGGCCACAUAUUACGCUCAGAACACGAAAAUCAGAUUCCCGAGUAUUUUUCGGCCCCAGCCGAUAAAGGGGCUCAGUCUGCACCGAUUGUAGUGCUUAGAUCAAUAUCCCAGCAAAUCACUAGAGGCUACAGGAGGUUGCUGGAACAUAUUAAUGUCGAUCUUGUGCAGCUCCAGCUUCUUGACGAACAGACUGCAAAUGAGUUAAUCCACCUUUUUUUCCGUUACCAAAGUCACAACCUCCUCGUCUGUGGCGUAGAGGACUUAACUGCAAGUAGCGAGACUCGUAGAGUAUCCGCUUUCUUGCACAGCGUCUGCUGUCUAAUGGGUGUUGUUUACCGUAGCGAUAUAUGCGGAUCAUCGAUGCAUAGGCAAAUGUACGAACAAGUUCGAAUCACACUGGGACAAGCUCUCCUAUCGAGCCCCCUGAAUCUCGAAGAGAUCAAUGCUGUGUUGAUAAUGAGCAACAAUGCAAAUAGCCCAGGCGGUAACGGAGUCGACUAUGUCGACAGCUGGUUAUUGACCGGUUACUGCGCUAAGCAAGCUAUGCUCAGUAUCAGUUUCUCUAAGAUAAUAAACAGCAUAAGACAAGGGAACUUAACGAGCGAGGAUCAUAAAGCCAUCCACUUAUGGUCUAAGAUUUGCCUCCACCAUCUCCAUUGGGCUGCGACAACAGGCAGGCCAUCCAUCAUACCAGCCUCUUACAUUAAUCAAUGCAAUAUUUUGCUUAACUUCUACCAAGCUACUAUGCAAGAUGGGAUGCUUGUUGCUGAGAUAUUGCUGUAUUCAACUCUACACCAGAAGCUCACACAUCAGUCGUAUCUUGGCGAUGGCGGCGAAUGUAAAGAAUUUUUAUCAUGGAAAGAGAAAUGGAAUCAUCUUCUAGGCCUUCCAACAUCGUCAAUGCUGAAAAUCGGAUAUCACGCUGCCUGUCUCAUCCUAGCUGUUCGGUCGCUAGAAGAAGUCGGGCAAGGGCUACGGCCACGGACGUUCCUCUCGGAGAUAGAUGGAGAGGACGCAAGUGAUAACGAAUGCCAUGCUUCAACACACCCGCGACGAAACAAGGACGGAGAUGGCAAUACCUUACGAAUAAAUGCGUGUAAGUACGCCAUGCUUGUUUUGCAGACCUUUCUGGAAAUGCCGUCCUUCCUCAUGGAUGCGAUCCCUACGUGCCUGUGCCUGUGCAUCGGGUAUUGCGCCCUACUUCUCGCGCAUUACGACGAGUCGCAGUCAAAGGUCUCGGAUCAGGUUAGUCGAGACUUGAUCAUACAAAUCGAUCAAUGGAUUAGGACGUCCCCUGGUAAAGCUUGGUCUUUCAAGUACGGGACGCUUGCCAAGCAUAAAAUGGAAUCCCGAACUGGCGGCGAUAAAGGCUCGACGAGUGACCACCAGACGCCGGCGAGGACACAUCCCCGAAAUCAGGAGGGUGAGCAAGACGGAAUAGCCGCGCCGGUCGGGGUCAAUAGCCAUGGCCCCAAUCAUCAUGAGACGACGGGAUACCACACGGGGGAAGUAUGCUCACCAGAGGCUCAGCAACUUGAAUCCGAGUCGAUUUUCCCACCCUUCGAUAUGUCAGAGCAUGCGAUAUUCCCCAGGAUGGAAGACUUCUUCGGCGGUGGCUUUUUGGACUUCGUGGGAUAAGAUUUUAGACUACUACAUCAUUUAUUAGAUUCAAUUAUUGCUCGACUGGUAUCUAAAUGCUGAACUUGAUUGCACC